CCCGGCAGCUAGUUCGAUCUCGCUACCUCCAGUCUCUCACACCCCUGAAAUGUCCGAAUCCAUGGCCGACGACGUCGACGCCAGGGCGGCGGCCGCGGCAACGGGCGACGCCGGCCGCGCCAGCGGCCUCGCGGAGGGCGGGCAGCCGCCGGCGGUGAAGGGCGGCGCGACCAUAUCCGUGGCGGUCGUCCUGCUCGCGGUGCUGGUGGCCUCCGUCGCGGCGCUGCUGGUGUCGUCGGUGCCGCGCGCCGGCGACGGAGUCGGCGAGGGCGCCGUCGGCAAAGGGAUGCAGGGGGCUGCGGGCGGCGGGGCGGCGGGGGAAGCCGCGGGGAAGCGCGCCGAGCCUGUCGAGCAAGCGCUCGGCGGCGACGUCGGCAUCCCGGGGUUCAACAGCCGGCUGGACGCGUUCCGCGCGUGGGCGAGGCUCACGUGGAUGAAGCUCCGGCGGCCGCGCUCCGACGAGCCUCGGUACGACGCCGACGCCGCCGCCGGGAGCGCCGGCUCUGUGGCGGGCGCGGCGAAGAAGAGCUUCGAGAUGGGCAAGGAGACGGUGGAGCAGGCGGCGGCGACCGCGGCAAGAGCCACGGGGGACGCCGUGGAGGCGACCAAGGAGAAGGUGAAGGGAGCAGGCUCGCCGUCCUCCUCCGACUCGGAGCUCUGAGCAGAGCGCGCCGCGUUCGUUGGCCCUGUGCAGUGUUUUGUGUAGCAUCAUGUAAAAAGCUGUUCUGUUUCUCUAUACGCUAUACAGUGACCAGUAGCUACGUUACGUAGACUUGGCUGUUGGCUCUGAACAGAGUAACCUGCACUUGAGCAGACUGAACUCUAAAUCCUGACCUGGCCAUUCAGAUAUCCUAUUCCGAUGCUCCAGGAGCAAAGCCGCGGCACGCCGAUGCCCUGUCCAGAUCACACAG